CCUGCCUCCGGGUCCCACCUGCCUCCUUACCUGCUGCUGGCUGUGCUGUUGGGACUCACAGGUGUGGCAGGUGAGGCGGAGCUGCAGGUGAUCCAGCCGGACAAGUCGGUGUCUGUGGCAGCCGGACAGACGGCCUCUCUGCGCUGCACCGUGACCUCCCUGCACCCCCUUGGGAAGGUGGAGUGGUUCAAGGGGACAGGGCCAGGCCGGGAGUCAAUCUUCAGCUUCAGAGGAGGAGACCACCUCCCGCAGCCUCGAGUAACAAAGGUUGCAGACGCCACAAAGAGAAACAACACGGACUUUUCCAUCCACAUCGCUAACAUCACCCCAGCGGACGCCGGUACCUACUACUGUGUGAAGUUCCAGAAAGGGACCCCUGAUGUGGAGUUUAAGUCUGGACCCGGCACCCAGGUCACCAUGAGCCGAUGGAAAGCUGGCAGCCUGGGAAAAGACCUAGAACUCUCCACUCCACUUCUGGUGACUCUCUCCCUGGGUCCCAAGAUGCUGCUGCUCAUUGUUACCUCUGCCAUCUAUGCCCACAGGAAACAAGGAUUGACUAUGAAUUAUGGACAAGGAGGGUAGGCCAAGGUGUCCUGGGAGGAAAAUAGCACCAAAGACAUAGGAGACACAUGGAGAACAUUUCUGGAAUGAGACCCACCUGCCCACAGUUCCUGCUGCUCCUUCUCACCACCCUUGAUGCCCCAGAGCUGAGUCUUCAUACCUGGGUCUGAGCAGGGGCCAUGGGAACGUGCUCUGGAAACUGA